GAAGCGAUAGGAUGGCGCUUUAAAGAAGGCUGGAGAUUGAGUUGUUAGAAGAAGACGGGAGAGAGCAACUGGUUUGCUCAGAAAUUCUCCGUAGCAACUUUGUGGAUUAAUCUCAUUUCAUAUCAAAGGAAUUAUUACAAGAAGACCGCGUUUUAGACAGGGCAGCAGUGACCCUGGAUUCGAGAUUGAUGAGACUAGAGUGGUGAAUGACCAAGGAAACUCCUCCGUGUCCUCUCCAAAGUCCCAUAAUCUAUCUAGAGAAGAAUGAGGGCCGUGGCGCUGAUCUUCGUGCUGUUUGCAGCCUUCUGCGUUUCGGCCUCACGUUUCAGUCGCGACUCUACCCAGGUCAGCGUCCCCGAGCGUCCGAGGCAGGAUGUAGACUCUGCCGCUGUGAACGGCUCUUCUGCCGUUAACCGUCCUGCAGGGCAGGGCCAGCCCCGAAGCUUUUAUCCUCCGAUGUGUGAAAAACCCACAGAAAUCAAACACGCGUUUAAAUAUGUCAACACGGUGGUGUCCUGUCUGAUCUUCGUGGUGGGCAUAAUCGGUAACUCCACUCUGCUGAGAAUCAUCUACAAACACAAGUGCAUGAGGAAUGGACCCAACGUUUUGAUUGGGAGUUUGGCACUGGGCGACCUGCUCUAUAUUCUCAUUGCCAUCCCAAUCAACGUAUUUAAGCUGUUAGCAGAGGACUGGCCUUUUGGUGUGCACAUCUGCAAACUCAUGCCCUUUAUCCAGAAGGCAUCAGUGGGCAUAACUGUUCUCAGCCUGUGUGCCCUGAGCAUCGACCGGUACCACGCGGUGACGUCCUGGAGUCGUGUGAAGGGCAUGGGCAUUCCGCUGUGGAAGGCUGUGGAGGUGACGCUGAUCUGGCUGGUUGCCGUGGUGCUGGCUGUGCCUGAGGCCCUGGCCUUUGAUAUGAUGGAAAUGCCGUACAGAGGAAACAAACUACGUGUCUGCCUCCUACAUCCUUACCAGACCACGCCCUUCAUGAGGUUUUAUCAGGAUGUAAAAGACUGGUGGCUGUUUGGUUUUUACUUCUGUUUGCCACUGGCGUGCACGGGGGUUUUCUACACGCUCAUGUCCUGUGAGAUGCUGAGCAGAAAGAAGGGAAUGCGCAUCGCUCUCAAUGAUCACAUGAAGCAGAGAAGGGAGGUGGCCAAAACCGUCUUCUGUCUGGUGGCGAUAUUCGCUCUGUGCUGGCUUCCUCUCCACCUCAGCCGGAUUCUGAAAAAAACCAUCUACGACCAGAAUGACCCCAACCGCUGUGAGCUCCUCAGUUUCCUGCUGGUGAUGGAUUACAUCGGUAUCAACAUGGCCUCCCUGAAUUCCUGCAUCAACCCUGUGGCUCUAUACUUCGUCAGCCAAAAGUUCAAAAACUGUUUCAAGUCUUGCCUGUGCUGCUGCUGCCAGAGAAGUUCCCGGAGCAUGUCCCCGACAGACGAGCGGGGCUCUGGUGUGCGCUGGAAGGGCUCGUGUCAUGGCAACGGUCUGGAUCGAACCAGUUCACACUCCAGUCAAAGAUACACCUCCUCUUAAAUGUCCCCUCCCCCCCACCCCUCCGCUGGCCGAGACCAAAGGGGGCGGUGACAUCCUGCCCCGCCCAUCUCGCCCUCGUUACCACACAGGCACACAGUGACACACUCAACCCUGCCCCCCGCUCCAUUCAACACCUCAACAACCAAGUCCCCAUAAGCACUGGACCUGAACACAUCUCCACUGUGACCAGCGGUCCAGGACUAAGACAAGCCACUACAAACAAACAAACGAAAAGAAAAAACAUAGAUAAAUUAGGAUCUUAACUGUCAUAGCAGUCAGACGAACAGUACGUAACACCAAUGAAGGCCGACUGUACCAAAACAGCCAGCGUGGGUUCAGGCUGAACGCUGGCUGAAUGCUGGGAGUCUGUGCAUUGACAGGUGGAGAUGUGGACCUGCUUGGCACAGAUGCGACGUUCAGUUAGCUAUGUAUGCUAGCAGGCGCCCAGGACUGGAGCUGUGUGGGUUUGUGUGGGAACGAGGAACGCAGUCCUGACACAAAGGGUCCUCUCGCCGGACCGUCCACUUCGUCGACCAAAAAAAUGCAAAUGAGCUGAAUCUACUGAGCACCAGGUCUCUCCUCAUGUGGGUAAACCCCGACACCUGUGUAUUCAAAUAAAGCUCUGAAGCAUUUCGUAUCUACAACCUGUGUUAUCACCGACAGCUCUGUAUUACUGUGUUAAUCGUUACAAAAUGACGCUCGUCCGUGCAGAAGUUACGUUGCUCUCACAGAUACUGUGCCGAUCCUCAGGGACGUGGGACACCUCCAGUGAAGACAGACCUGGUUCUGUACAUGUUUAUUACAUACAUUCAAGUACAGCUUUACUGUUAAUGCCUAUUUAAAUAUAUAUAUAUAAAAAUCAUCACUCAUAUCGAAAUUCUGCUCCAUAAUUAAUAAACAUCUGAUGAGACAAUGUAUUUUAAAAAUCAAUAUAUCUCUAGACUAUACAUAUAUUUUUUUAAUGAGAGUUUUUGUGUUUUGAUACUUUUUUGUGUUUGUUGAAAUAGCCACUAAGCUAAUUUUCAGAUACUUCAUUUAUAAAACUCACUGCCUAUGUUCUCUACCUUGUAAAGUUUUGACUGAGCAUAUUUUUCCUAUUAACAAACCUUCUAUAUGGUAUGUAGUCGUUGACCAUGAAGCACCACAAUAA